AUGCGUUCAGUUCUGUUUCUCACCAGCUGCUUGGCAGCCAUUUCCGCCGCCGCUCCCAUGUUCGGGGAUCUCUAUCACUUCUCAGAUGAGAUGGCCGAGUUCUUAGGCCGAGUGGGCAAACGCAUCAGUGACGCCGGAAGCACGUUCGACCACUCAUUGACAUGCGACACCUCUUCAAUUCAGCUUCCUUCCUUCGCUUCUGGCCUCCCAUCCCCCGCGGACCAGAAACCAUUAUACGUUGCUCUUGGCCGCGGUACCCAGAACUACACCUGUGCCUCAUCAACCUCUGACUCAGAACCGGAAGCUAUUGGCGCCGUCGCGCGUCUCUACAACGCCACCUGCUUCGCUUCCACCUUCCCCGACAUGAUCGAGCUUCUCCCUUCAAUGGCAUACAGGCUGAACCUACCCAGCAACCCGUCCGAUCCUCUCCCACCCUCAAACUUAAACCUGAUCGGCCACCACUUCUUCGAGGGCAGCGUCCCAGUAUUCAACCUGGACACGUCCACCCGCCAACUCGGCAUCGCGAAGGUGAAGAAGGACUCUGACCUCGACGCCCCGUCAUCUGCAGUUAAGGGCAAGAACGGGGCCGUCAGCUGGCUCCUGCUCACUGCUACCAAAGGAACCGUGGGAUCCUACGCGAGUGUCUAUCGUGUCGACACAGCGGGUGGUGCCGCCCCCAAGACAUGCGAGGGGAUGCCCGAGUCUUUCACCGUGCAAUAUGCGGCGAAUUACUACAUCUAUGGGCAAUAG